UCAAGAGGGCUGACCCCUGAUUGUGCACAGCAGAAAAUUGUCCUUUAGUCUGAUUGGCUCCUGGGGGGAUGACACUGUGGAUGAGAGUGUGGAGAUGGAAUGAGAGAGCGAGUGGAAAGUAAAAGGGAGAGAGGAAGAAGAGUGCGUAGAGAGCGAGAGAGAGAGAGGGAGAGAGAGAGGGAGAGAGAGAGAAGUAGAAACUUUUCAAAGAAUGACAGCCAGUAUAGUUGAGAGGGAGCAUGGACCCAAGGUGACUCUAUAGGGAACUGAUGCACUGCAGGCAGUUACUUCCACAACUUUUACAAGGGGAAUUUAGUGAGCUUUGAGAGAAAAGAAGAAGAGACAGAUAAGAGAAGAAGAGCAAAAACUGUCUGAAAAGGACAGAGAAAAAAUAAAUAAGGAAAAAUAGAAGCAGGAAAAGGAGAAAGUAGCCAUUUGAAGACACAAGAAAGAAACAAGAAACAAACGCCUGUCAUCAGUGGGUCAUCGUAUCACCAAAGAAAACACAAAACCCCAUUUUAUUUUAUUUGCUGUUGAGUAUCCAUCAUGGGAGAUCGACAUCACCACCAUCCUGGGGGUGGUAGGCCUGUCUACACCCUCCUACUCAGCAUAGGUCUGGCCUUGCUGGCCCUGCUGUCUAAGGCCCAGGGCCGUAUGGAUAGAGCCAAGACAGAAGAGGAGAGUGGAGCAGGGCUGCUGACGAGGGUGAAGAGAGGCUGGGUAUGGAACCAGUUCUUUGUGCUGGAGGAGUACACUGGACUGGAGCCACUGUACAUAGGAAAGCUCCACUCAGACAUGGACCUAGGGGACGGCUCCAUCAAGUACAUCCUGUCAGGCGAUGGUGCGGGCACCACCUUCACCAUUGACGACAGUACAGGCGACAUCCAUGCUAUCAAGAGGCUGGACCGUGAGGUGCAGGCCCAGUACCUUCUGCGAGCCCAGGCCUGGAACAGACAGACAGACCGACCCCUGGAGCCUGAGUCUGAGUUUAUCGUCAAAAUCCAGGAUAUCAAUGAUAAUGAACCUAAGUUCCUGGAAGGGCCCUACCAGGCCACCAUACCUGAGAUGUCAACCAUUGGCACUGAGGUGAUUCGGAUGACAGCCACAGAUGCAGAUGACCCUACAUAUGGUAACAGUGCCAGGGUGGUCUACAGCAUCCUACAGGGACAGCCAUACUUCUCUGUAGAGCCUAAGACUGGUGUGGUGCAAGUGUCUCUGGCGGGCAUGGACCGCGAGGUCAGGGAGAACUACUCUGUCAUCAUCCAGGCUAAGGACAUGGGAGGCCAGCUAGGGGGUCUGGCCGGAACCACAGUGGUUAACAUCACCCUCAGUGACGUCAAUGAUAACCCACCCAUGUUUGAUCAGAAGCUGUACCAGAUGAGUGUUCCAGAGUCGGCUCCGGUGUCAUCUGUUGUGGGUCGUAUCCGGGCGAAGGACCGUGACAUUGGCAUCAAUGCAGAGAUGAGGUACAGCAUCAUCGACGGAGACGGGAGGGACACCUUCGACAUCAACACAGACCCAACCAACCUGUUUGGCAUCAUCACCAUCAAAAAGCCUCUGAACUUUGAGACCAAGGCGAGCUACACGCUGAAGAUAGAAGGAGCCAACACACACGUUGACCACCGUUUUCCGGAUAAGGGCCCGUUCAGCCAUGUCACCAUCGUCCACGUCAGCAUAGAGGAUGUGGACGAGCCCCCAGAGUUUAGCUCGGCUGCCUACUACAUAGCGGUCCCUGAGGACACAGAGAUCAGCACAAUGUUUAUGACGGUCUCCGCUAGAGACCCUGAUGCUGCCAACACCUCCAUCAGGUAUUCCAUAGAGAGGAACACUGACCUGGGGAAAUACUUCUACAUUGACAUCACUUCCGGGGCAUUGAUGACAGUGCUUCCUUUGGACAGAGAGGAGUUCUCCUGGCAUAACAUCACCGUCCUGGCCAUGGAGAUGAAUAACCCCAGGAUGAUCGGGAGUGUGUCUGUAGCCGUGAAGAUUCUGGACGUGAAUGAUAACCCUCCGUUGCUGACACAGUACUUUGAAUCCUUUGUCUGUGAGAGUGCCAAUGCCGGACAGCUGAUUCAGACAGUGACGGCAGUAGACGCAGAUGAUCCUCUGGGAGGUCAUCACUUCUACUACAGCCUGGCCCUAGAGGCAGCUAACAACCCCAACUUCACCCUUAGAGACAACCAAGACAACACAGCAUGGAUCCUGACGCGUCGCGGGGGCUGGUCUCAGCAGGAUCAGUCAGUCUACUACCUUCCUAUCUUCAUCUCAGAUGGAGAGCAGCCGGUUCAGACCAGCACCAGCACCCUGACCAUCCGUGUGUGUAGCUGCGAUGUGGAGGGCAACGUUAUGUCCUGUAAUGCUGAGGCCUACCACCUCCCGGCUAGUCUGAGCAGAGGGGCACUCAUCGCCAUACUGGCAUGUAUCUUUGUCCUGCUCGUGAUGGUCCUGCUCAUGUUGUCCCUCCAGAGCCACCAUAAGAAGCCCUACCUGCACGAUGAGGAAGACAACGUCCACGAGAACAUUGUCCGCUACGAUGACGAGGGGGGCGGAGAAGAGGACACCGAGGCCUUCGACAUCGCUGCCAUGUGGAACCCACGCGAGGCCCACCUAGUGGGGAAGCAACGUCAGGACAUGCUGCCUGAGAUUGAGAGCCUGUCGCGUUACGUUCCCUUAGCAUCAGUAGGUGGGCCGGGUUGUGGUGGUGGAGACAGCAACGUCCAGGGGUAUGUGCUAGCCAAGCUCCUGGAGACGGAUCUGAACCCCUGCGCCCCACCUUACGACUCCCUGCAGACUUACGCCUACGAGGGGGAGGGAUCGGUGGCCGAGUCCCUGAGCUCGCUGCAGUCUGGGUGCUCCAAUACUGAUCAUGAGUACGACUAUCUCAAUGACUGGGGGCCCAGAUUUAAGAAACUGGCAGAGAUGUAUGGGGUUCUAGAGAUGAACAACCCUCCCAUGUGGUAGAGGGGAGGAAGGAACUAGAGACUCCCCCCUACAUACACACACCUUAGAGAAAGAGUGUAAACAGCGUCAUAGAGAGACAAUGACUGGAACAGUGACAAACACAGAGGCUGAAACAGAGAGAUAGACACAGGACUAGAGAGAGAGAAAUAGAGAGUUUGAAAGGUGUGCUCUUCAUAUAACUGUAGCACUUGCGAAUGCACAGCUAAGCAUCGCCUGUUCUCCACAGUUUGAGCCAUGUAGCUUCCUAGCUACCAUCACAAUCCCUCCCCAUCCACAGGAAGAGUCUUUAGAGGAGCCUGGACUGACUGACUGACAGACAGCUAGCACAACGAGACCCUCAAAGCAAAGGGCUUCAAAGCACACGUUAGUUAACUCCUGUGGCCAACCCAGGCCCUAGCCACAGGCGCCAGCAGCUCUUUGGUUCAAAGGGUCCGAUUCCCCUCAGAAGAACACAAGAUAGGGGAGCGAAGGGCAAAUGUGGAACUCAGAAUACAUUACCUGCCGAUACACAUGCAUGCAGGAGACAAACAAACUCUGAAACGCUGACUUAUUUUGGCAGUUUGUUUUGCCGAUUUUAAAAAUAAAAAUAACGUUUGUUUUCUCUUCUUUUGGUCAAGCUUUAGUUUAAAAAAAUUUAAGCCACUAUGUGACUAUUUUUUUAAGGUGAAUGAUUUGAUGAAAAGUGUUUUGUUAUUUUUGCAGCCAUUUUGAUUUGAGAACUGCUAUUUAUUCCCAGUAGCUCCAUUAUGUGGCCGUAUCUUACUAAUUAAUUAAUAUUUUAAUAUGCUGUCCUUAUAUUUAGUAUAACUUAUUUUUGAGGAAUCAAACAAACACUGGACUUGUGUUGGAUGUUAUCCCAAGGUUGUGGGAUUGGCAUAAAAUAUGUUCAAAUAUGUUCGAGCGUUAUCAUGUAACAUAAAUAUUUCAAUGGCGUCUAAUUGCA